GUGAUAAUCGUUAGCCACGACGAGCGACUUAUCCGUGACACAGACUGCGUGCUGUGGGUGAUUGAAGACCAGAAUAUCUUCGAGAUUGAGGGCGACUUUGAUGACUACCGAAAGGAGAUCCUGGCUUCUCUGGGCGAAGAACUGGCCAAUCCCAGCAAAGUCGCCGCGGCCGCUGGUUGUCUCGAGUAG